AUGGCCCAGCAUAACGGUAUGGCAUUAGGAAGUGGAACGGAUCUAAAGCAAUCCGACGAACAGAAACAAGCCGUGGAUAUUGGUCAAGACGAUAUUGGUCAAGACGAUAUUGAUGCUGAUGAAGACUCCACAUGGGAUCAAAUGAAGUACUCUGAGGAAACUGAAGACCAAAUAGACAUAUGGGAAUAUAUAUGGGACCUGAGAGAUAGGACCAACAGGACAUGCUCAUUAUGUUCAUCAAGCUCGGAUGUGUUUUUGAGGAAAGAAGAGGAUCCAAGAGAUUUGGGAGAGCAUAUGUCCAAGAAGAAUUCUGAUGAUAGAGCGGAAUUAGGGCUUGAUGGUCUUCCUUGGCUUUUGAAGCAACUACAAAUACAGCGUGGGGGGCAAAAUGGCGAUUCAGACUCUGAAGAAACAGUGGCAUUAGGAACGAGCGAGGUUGACAUGCCUCAACAGGGUUCAUUGGGGGGAGAAGUCCUAACCGAUCGAAAAGAGUCCGCGUCAGGUGUGAAAGACCUAAGAAGUGACAAAUGA